AUGCUGCUGAAUGUAGUACAGGGACCCAUUAGCUUUUUGGAUCUAAAAACAGUUGACGGCCAAGAACUUGAAACUUUUCGACAAGCGUGUGAGAAGUUGGGGUUGUUGGAAGAUGACAACCACUGGAAUGCCACAAUGGAAGAGGCAGUGCUGUGUCGCUCUCCUUCGGAAAUAAGAGAACUAUUUGCAAUAUUGAUAUGCACUUGCGGUUUAUCCAAUCCUCUUCUACUAUGGGAUAAGUAUAAAUCUACAUUAUCGGAGGAUAUCUUGCAUAGAUUUGAAAGGAUGGGUCAAGUCAACAAUGAUCUAUGUUUCAAUGAAGCACUAAGACAUAUAGAGGACAAAAUAAUAACGAUUUCCGGUAAGAAAUUGUCUGACUUCAGUAUGCCUACACCAGAGCGUCGAGGAGAGUUGUCGACCGAUUUGAUCAAAGAGCUAAGCUACGAUAUUGCUUUAUUAGAUGCUCAGGUCAGCGAAACUGAACCACGCCUGCUACCCGAACAAAAAAACAUUUAUAACAAAAUAUUACAACGAGUUGAGCUCGACAAAGGCGGCCUUUUCUUUCUUGACGCCCCGGGCGGUACAGGUAAAACAUUUUUGCUUAAUUUGCUUCUAGCAAAAAUUCGUAAGGACCGUAAAGUUGCAUUAGCGGUGGCUUCCUCUGGGAUCGCUGCAACAUUGCUGAGCGGUGGACGAACGGCACAUUCGGUUUUUAAAUUACCUCUUAAUCUGGCGAGCGAAGAAACCCCAACGUGCAAUAUCAGUAAGAGCAGUGCCCGUGGCGCCCUCUUGCAACAAUGUAUGCUGAUCGUGUGGGACGAGUGCACUAUGUCACACAAACGCGCCAUUGAGGCGCUUGAUCGCUGUCUACAAGAUAUUCACAGCAAUCGAAAGUUGAUGGGUGGUGUGGUAGUGUUAUUGGCAGGGGAUUUUAGACAGACUUUACCUGUUAUCGAGAGAGGCACUGCAGCAGAUGAAAUUAACGCAUGUCUAAAAGCCUCAUAUCUGUGGUCUAAAGUUGAAAAGCUUUAUCUUACCACUAACAUGCGAGUCCAGUUAUUCAGCGAUGUCGAAUCAGGAGCAUAUGCUCAAAAACUGCUAGAAAUUGGUGAAGGCCACCUAAACACCGACCAAGAAGUUAUGUCAUCCGAUGACACUACAAGUUAUCCCGUAGAGUUCCUAAACUCUUUAGAGUUGUCCGGGGUGCCAUCACACAAGUUGGAAUUAAAGGUAGGUGUACCCGUUUUGUUAAUGCGUAACCUGGAUGCGCCAAGAUUAUGCAACGGUACUCGGUUGCGAGUUACCGAAUUAGGAAGGCAUAUAGUGAAGGCUACAAUUUUAACUGGAGAAGCCAAGGGAGACAAUGUUCUUAUACCGCGCAUCCCAAUCAUACCCAACAACUUGCCAUUCAAUUGUAAACGCCUGCAGUUCCCAUUAAAAGUCGCAUUUUCAAUGACGAUCAACAAAUCGCAGGGUCAAACCUUGAAGGUAGCAGGCCUACAUUUGGGCACACCAUGUUUUUCUCACGGUCAGCUCUAUGUGGCUUGCUCACGUGUUUCCAAAGCGAAGAAUCUGCAUGUUUAUGCUGAAGGAAAAAGAUCGUUAAAUGUAGUUUAUAGGAGCAUACUGCAGUAG